AGCAGGCUUCUAUUGCUACGCAACAAUAGAGCAGGCGCGCCGCCCACAAAAUGUUUGAAUGAUCGGGUAAAGAGCGAGCUUCUUAUAUGGGAUCCGACGCAUCCAGCAGAGCGAAGCAGCGUUCCAUUCUUUUCGGCGGCAUCCUUCCGCAUUGGCGGCGAGUGGAGUGCCACAAUCCCAUUCAUCAUUUUUGAUCUACAUAACCUAAAGCCCAUAGCACUGGCGACAUCUCCGGCAUAAAUGCAAGGAGGAUGUAUAUCUGAUAUAGGAUCUUGUGGAACUGGAUUUGAUUCUGCAAGCGGUUCGGUACGAACGAAGAAAUUUCGAACAAAAGGAUCGGAACUCGCUGAUAGGAAAGGAGAGAAAAACAAAGCAAUGCCAAGAGCUUCGUCAAUCUGUUGUUCAUCGAUAGACGAAGCUCUCUCUUUUUCAUCUCGUGCCAGAUGUAACAAAAGAUUAGUCCUUUUUCCUUCUCGCGAACCACGAGAGCGCCCAGCGCCCAGAAGAGCAAAGCUCAUUUUGAAAACAGGGUCAAGCGGCGCAUUAAAAAGGGCUGGCCCGUUAAAAGGACGCUUACUUUGCAAACGAAGUUCAGAAUCAACAAGGGUUCUCCGAACGAAGGGAGUGUACAACUGGGGCGCAGCCCGACUUUUUUGUUGGAGAGAUAGAAUGGAGUUCUUCACGAAGUUCGAGACAAAGGAAAAAAUAAAAGUUUCUCUAUAGCCUCUUCGUUUUGAGACAUUAUGGCUUUGGGGUCAACCCCGGUAACAAAAAAGGAAUCCAUAAAAACUUGGGAUCCAACACCAUGAUAAAAUACUACCCUCAUGAUUAGACCAUGUCCCUGAGAUUUGAUAAAAAAAAGGUGCAUUAGCGGUUAAUACGUUGUAAUUAGAUAAGUUAUUUGGAAUAUGACGGAACGAAAGACCAAGGAAAGGAAGAAGAAUGCACCAAAAUGCAAGUGUUGCACCAAACGCUGGU